AUGGCCGAUUCCCCGAGCCGCUCCGGCAGCCUCCGAGUCCGCCGAACUCGCGGCGGGCCUUCGCGAAACUCCUCCGCCCGCUCUUCGGCCGCAUGGGAGGAUUACUCCUACCUCCACCCCUCCUCAGGCAGCUACCAACAGCAGCUACAGCCGCAACAGCAACAGAUCCACCACAGCUUGCGAUCGGCGUCGUCGCGAUUCUCCCUCAACGAGCAGUUCGCCGCCACGCGGCGCGAGUACGAGUUCGGCGACGACGACGCCUCGUCCAUCCUCGAGCGCAUGACGCUCGCCUCCGAUGUCGGCGAUGAGAGCACCAUUGCCGUGAGCAUGGACACCGGGGAUGCGGCGCAGGGGGUCGAUGGCGCCGAGGGGGACUACUACGAUCUGCUGUGUCUGGCCAAGGACCCGACAUUGACGCCGGACCAGAUUCGAAGGGCAUACCACCGGUUGCUGCUGUACCUGCACAAGGACGGUUUACCCGAGAACCUGCAUGGCAUCGCGCAGCCCUUUUUCAAUCAGGUGCAGAGAGGGUUUGAGACGCUGAUAGAUCCGUACCGACGAGCGCUGUAUGAUGCAAGCCGAUUGAGGCACUUGACGAAUGCGCCCGACUUGCUUCUUGACGAGGAUUACCUAUAUGCCUAUGAUUCAUCACUCAAGGAGCAGCUGCGGCAACGGGCGGCUGAUGUAGUGCAGACGUCGUCAGAUUUGGGCAUCCGAUUCGACGCGUCAAAGGCGGUGCGGCGAGGCUCUGCCGUGACACCCCUCGACUUCACCCUGAGCCACUCCGUGACUGUCGGUCUUCCGGUAUUAGGGCGACUCAUCGAAAGGAGAGCGUCGUCGAAAACGCAACGUAUCUCGUCCGUAUCGGAACGGGUGCCUUCCAUUGAACUCAAUGAGAGAGAGGAAGCUGGGAUUGACCAGCCCCGGGAGUCCAUGAUCUACUUGCCGCCCCCGCAGGUGACUUUGACCGGAUCUGUGUAUGGCAUCGUAGAGGAGAUAUACCGGGUUCCGUUGCCACUUUUAGCGGAUCGAUAUCAACCGUUACUGCCCCUGACUAUCCCCCGGAAACGUAUUAUACAACUGGCAGAGCAGCGCCCGUGUCCUCUCAUCAGUCUCAAGUUUCGACAGGAUAUCAUCCACAGGACAUCUGAAGACCGCAUCGCGAAGACUUCGAUUGAAGUAGAAAGUGAAGCCCUUCCAAAGGCGUCACUAACAGCCAGGGUCUCACACCCGAUCCACUUACCAAACGAUCCGGAUCCAAUAUUACUCGAGGGAAGCGUCAAAACAGGUAGGCCUUGGACGCAAGCGGCCCCUCGUGUCGGUAUAGGAAUUCACCGCUGGAUGGGAGCUGGGACCGCGUUCGCAAUCGCAGACAGCGGCGACUGGAGCGUGUGGCCCGGCAAGACGAUCAAGCUCUUCACCGACUUCUCCCAGGUGAGCAAGAACCAGCUGCUCGCAGAGUUUCCCACGGAGACCUCUGCGAGCUUCGAAGUGGGAUAUACGACAUCGCCCGAGCGGGUCCCGUCCACAGCCCACGAGGACUCCCCGAGAGGGGAAUGCGGGAUUCGGGGGCUGGACUACGAAAGCACCAUCACCAAAGACGGCUCCUGGACGGUCUCCGCUUCCCUGACGGCAGACACCGUCGGCGGCUACCUCCGGUACGGCAAGGACGUGCCAGCGCUCCCCGGCUCCAACUCCACCAGGCUCGAGCUCGAGUUGUGCUCCAACACCCUGCUCGACCGCCACAUCGCCGUACGCAACCUCUGGACCGUCGGCGAAUUCUCCAAGCUCGGCCUCGAGCUCGGCAUCAGCCUGCACAGCCUGCACCUCUCCCUCUACUGGUCCCGCCUUAACCAGCGCCUCAGCAUCCCGCUCCUCCUCUCCCCGCGCGCCGACUACUGCCCCGCCGUGUUCUUCUACGCGACCGCCGUGCCUCUCAUCGCCUUCGCCGCGCGGCACUUCUUUUCAGGGCCGAAACGUGCCCAUAGGCCCGCCGAGGUGGAUUUGCAAGCGUACAUCGCCCGCAAGCGUGCCGCGGCCGACGACAUCGCCCUCGUGCUCUCGGGGGCCGUGGACGCCCGGCAGCGCGUAGAGCGUCAGCGGGGCGGUCUCGUCAUCGUCAGCGCAAAGUUCGGCGUCAGGGGGGAGGGCGGAGAAGAGGGCGAGGGCGAGGGGGACCCGGACUGCUGGGCCGCGGAGGAGGUCGCGGACGUUACAGUCGCGGUGGCGGCGCUGGUGGAGGAUGGGACGCUGCGGAUCCCGGCCGGCGUGAAGAAGGCUUCGCUGCUGGGCUUCUGGGACCCGGCGCCAUUGAGGCGCAAGGCGCUUCACGUGAGGUACACGUGGCGAGGCAGGGAGAGUACCGUCGAAGUCAUGGGGCGGGAUGAGCUGGUCCUCCCGCCCGCGAGGAGGGAUCUGUCGUGA